UUUUGUCUCAAACUCUGAUGUUUAACCAGACAAAAGAAAUUAAAUGAUGUAUAAUACCAAUACCACUGUCUCACACCAUCAAAUCAUCUCACACAGACCUUUUAUACCAGAGAAGAGUAUCAUCCAUCACUACCAUUCUUUUUACAAUAUGGCCAACCAAAACAAACAACAACAAAACCACUAACAAAAACACAACACCACUGUUUUCUACUUCCUCUUCCCACAACAUCAACAAUGUCUCCUAUGUUUCUGUUCCUCUUUCUCUCUUUCAUUCUCCUUCAAGUUCAACCAGUUUUCUCUCUCAACCAAGAAGGUCUCUACCUGUACCAAUUCAAGCUCUCCCUAGACGAUCCCGACUCUUCUCUCUCCUCAUGGAACAACCGCGACCAAACACCGUGUAACUGGUCCGGCAUAACCUGCCACAACCAAACCACCACCACCACCGUAACUCAAAUCAACCUCUCCAACUUCAACCUCGCCGGUCCACUACCAACCUCAAUCCUCUGUCGUUUAACCAACCUCACCACUCUAAUCCUCACCAACAACUCCAUCAACCAAACACUCCCUCCAGACAUUUCUCUUUGCACCUCCCUCUCUCACUUAGACCUCUCUCAAAACCUCCUCACUGGCACACUCCCAGAGACAUUCCCUCUCCUCACUAACCUCCGUUAUCUCGACUUAACGGCUAACAACUUCUCCGGCUCAAUCCCAAACUCCUUCGGAACAUUCCAGAAACUCGAAGUCAUUUCACUAGUUUACAAUCUUCUAGAAUCCUCCAUUCCCGCUUCGUUAGGAAACAUCACCACUCUCAAAACUCUGAAUCUCUCCUAUAAUCCGUUUCUACCGUCUCGGAUUCCGCCGGAGAUCGGAAACCUAACCAACCUCGAGAUUCUCUGGCUUAGUUCAUGUAAUCUCGUCGGUGUUAUUCCUCACUCAUUCGGGAAUUUGAAGAAACUCUCUGUGCUUGAUCUUUCCAUGAAUAAUCUUCAAGGUUCUAUUCCGAGUUCGCUUUCUUUGAUGACGAGUUUGAAGCAGAUUGAGCUUUAUAACAACUCGUUGUCCGGUGAGUUACCGUCCGGAAUGUCGAACCUUACUUCGUUGAGGCUGAUUGAUGUUGCUAUGAAUAGUAUUGGUGGUGUUAUACCAGAUGAGUUGUGUCGUUUACCGCUUGAGAGUUUGAAUCUGUAUGAGAAUCGGUUUACCGGUGAGUUGCCGGCGAGUAUAGCCGAAUCUCCUAAUCUCUACGAGUUUAAGAUUUUUACAAACUUUUUAUCCGGUGAGUUGCCGGAGAAUCUCGGGAAGAAUGGUCCGUUGAUAUGGUUUGAUGUUUCAAAUAAUUCGUUCUCCGGUAAGAUUCCGGCGAGUUUGUGCGAGCGCGGCGCGUUGGAGGAGUUACUGAUGAUACAUAAUUCGUUCUCCGGUGAAAUACCAGCGAGUUUAGGUGGUUGUAGAAGUUUGGCGCGUGUUAGGUUAGGUUUUAACAAGUUGUCUGGCGAAGUUCCGGCGGGUUUUUGGGGGCUGCCGCAUGUUUAUCUUCUUGAACUUGUUGACAACUCGUUUUCGGGUUCGAUUGGUAAGACUAUUGGUGGAGCUGGGAAUCUGUCUUUGUUGAUUUUAUCGAAUAAUAAUUUCUCUGGUGCAAUUCCUGAAGAGAUUGGGAGGUUGGAAAAUCUUCAGGAGUUUUCCGGUGGUAAUAACCGGUUCAACUAUUCGUUGCCGGAGAGUAUUGUGAAUCUUUCCCAGCUUGGGAUUCUUGAUCUUCACAACAAUAAGAUCUCUGGUGAGCUUCCAGAAGGAAUUCCAUCGCUUAAGAAACUCAACGAGUUGAAUUUGGCGAAUAACGAGAUUGGUGGGGAAAUUCCUGAGAAAAUUGGGAGUAUGUCUGUGCUUAACUUUCUUGAUCUUUCCAGUAAUCGGUUUUCGGGAAAUGUUCCGAUGAGUUUGCAGAAUUUGAAGCUCAAUCAGCUGAAUUUGUCUUACAAUUUGCUUUCUGGAGAGAUUCCGCCUCUUAUGGCUAAGGAUAUGUAUAGGGAUAGUUUUAUCGGUAAUCCUGGAUUGUGCGGAGAUUUGAAAGGUUUGUGUGAUGCCAAAGGAGAGAGUAAGAGUGCUGAUUUUGUUUGGCUGCUUAGAGCUAUUUUCAUAGUUGCGGCUUUGGUUUUUGUCUUUGGUGUGGUUUGGUUCUACUUCAAGUACAAGAAUAUUAAGAAGGCGAGAUCUAUCGAUAAAACAAAAUGGACAUUGAUGUCGUUUCAUAAACUUGGUUUCGGUGAAGACGAGGUCUUGAAUUGUCUUGAUGAAGAUAAUGUCAUAGGAAGCGGGUCGUCCGGGAAAGUCUACAAGGUUGUGCUUCGCAACGGUGAAGCUGUUGCAGUGAAGAAGAUAUGGGGAGGAGUUCAAAUGGAGACGGAGAGUGGUGAUACUGAAAAGAAACAAUUCCAAGAUAAUGCUUUUGACGCGGAGGUUGAAACUUUGGGCAAGAUUAGGCACAAAAACAUUGUCAAACUAUGGUGUUGUUGUACUACGAGGGAUUGCAAGCUUUUGGUUUACGAGUAUAUGCCGAACGGUAGUCUUGGUGAUUUGCUGCAUAGCAAUAAAGGAGGGUUGUUGGAUUGGCCGACUAGGUAUAAGAUAGCUCUCGAUUCUGCCGAAGGCCUCUCUUAUCUGCAUCAUGAUUGUGUUCCUCCGAUAGUCCAUAGAGAUGUGAAAUCGAAUAACAUCUUGUUGGAUGAAGACUUUAGUGCAAAGGUUGCAGAUUUCGGGUUAGCUAAGGCGGUUGAAUCCAAUGGGAAAGGAACUAAAUCCAUGUCCGUCAUAGCUGGUUCUUGUGGUUAUAUUGCACCAGAAUAUGCAUACACGCUUAGAGUGAACGAGAAGAGCGACACAUAUAGUUUCGGUGUUGUGAUCCUCGAGUUAGUCACCGGAAGAAAGCCAGUAGAUCCCGAAUUCGGAGAAAAAGACUUAGUUAUGUGGGCAUGCAACACCUUAGAUCAGAAAGGUGUCGACCACGUGCUUGACUCAAGGCUCGAUUCUUUCUUCAAAGAAGAAAUUUGCAAGGUCCUCAACAUUGGCCUAAUGUGCACUAGUCCUCUUCCAAUCAACCGGCCCGGAAUGAGAAGAGUAGUGAAAAUGCUACAAGAAGUAGGCCCUGAAAGCCAAUCAAAGUCCUCCCAAAAAGCCGGAAAGUUGUCCCCUUAUUACUACGAUGACGGGUCAGAUCAUGGAAGUGUUGCUUAAUUUUGUUACAUGCUUGUGAAAUUCUAACUAAGCUUUUCUUCCUCUCUAUGUUUUCCACUCAUGAUUUUUCUUCACAAAAAUUGUUCAAAGAAAUGAUCUGAGAAUUUAUUUUAAGAGGGUCGAAAAUAGAAUCAUGACAAGUUGAUGUUUGUUCGACGAAAUCAAGUCCUUUCCCUCCCUACUCAAUUCAAAUCCGCGUCUUUCGAUUUCAUUAAUAUCUCUUAUAUUCACAAGUGUGAUAUUUUGAGUUCUGACUAUUAAUAAAUCUCGCCAUAGUACUAAUAUCAGACAAUUCAAUUUUCAUGUUAGAAAACCGUCCCUACAUUUCGAAUCUACAGUUAAACCAUGCUCAAGCCCUGAUAAUAUUUUGCAUGUUACCAGUAUAAAUUCUUUGACUGCCAUAUGCAUGAAAAAUUUAUACCUCUGAUAUGUGCUGGCUACAGCUAUAAGAAGUGAGUUAAUGAGGUGGUUAGGAAGGCACUGUCCUUGAUGGUCCCAUGUUUAAUUACAGGUUCCAUCCAUGUGUGUUGCAUACUAGUAGCUAGUAGUAGUACUAUACUAGUGUGUUUUUGUGAUUAAUGCUGCUGGGGUAUAUAGAUAUGCAAAUUCAAAUGAUCAGGGGAUAGCAGUGUUAAUUUUUAGCUGAAUUAUUCAGCUGUGGAAUUUGGCAAUUAUUUGGUCAAUUCUGAUUUUGGCCGGUGGUUUGUUUUAAUGACAACCAUUCAGUUGUGUAAAGAAAGGUGUUGGAAUUUGUUGUAAGGGUAGUUUUGUAUUUUUGUUUGAUUUUGAUUGACAACUCUUAUUUAUCCGAUUUAUUUAUUGUUUGAUUGCUAAGACUAUGUACAAUGGUUACAUUAUUCAACACCCUACUUUUUCACUUUUUAUCUUCCACAUCAUCUUCUCUCUCUUCCACCUAAUAAUUCAAC